UAUUCAUGUUAUGAUAGGUUUUCUGAUGUUGAUAUUGAUUGCAAGGAAGUACAAAUUUGCAGAAUUUUACUAAAAUUAGUUGUUUUGGAAAAUCAAUUUGAUCCCACCUUGGUACCAGAUAUGAAUGAAGUGCUUAUUCAAUAUGCCACUUAUGUGCUUCCUGAAGAUAUUACUCUGGGACUGGCUAUUUUAUUAAUAUUAAAAAAUCCCUGUGAUGCUAAGAAGGUAUUGGAUUCAUUCCCAGUUUCACUGGCUACGCUGCGGACAGCUAUAUAUUACUUUGCAUUGCAAAUAUUAUUUAGUGAACCACAAUAUAGUUCUGAUAUGGGCUUGUUUACUAAAGAUUUGGAUGAGAUAACACAACUUGCCCUUAAUGUGAAAACUGAUAGUGAAAUGCAUUCUAUACUUCAUGAGUAUCGUAAUAAGUUACAAGAUUUCUGUCAAGCUGAGGAGUUGCAUACUUUAGGCUGUGGUGUCGAUAUACAAAGAUUUGCAAAUGAUGAAAAUUAUAGAAGGGAUUCAAUAUUAGGACUAUCAAUGAGUCCUGAUUUGAAUCGCUAUAAUUUGGCACUUAAGCUAGGAAACAGGCAUAAUAUAAAUUUAUCAUCAAUAGCAUUUGAACAUGCUUCUAGUUUAUUACAAAGUUCAGAAAUUGAUUUAAAGAAAGUUAGUGAUCGAUUAGAAGAUAAAGGCUUACUUCAAUUAUUAAAGGAACAACCUGACAUAACUUGUGAAAGGUUGUUGAAAGAAGUGUUUCCUACAUUAGAUGGGUCGGAGCACAAUAUAUUAAUUGUUUAUUUCACAUUAACGGAUAGGGUUAAUCCGGAUUAUUUAUUUUAUGGCCUUUUGUCAAAAGAACAUAUUAAAUUACUUAAAAAAAUUAAAUCAGCUUGUCCAACUCUUAAUUAUGCUAUUCUCCUUACGCCACCUGAAAAUUUUGUAUCGCAAAUAACAUCAAAUUUACUUCAAGAUGAUCUACCAGUUUUAUAUAAAUUUUUGAAAAGUUUACCAACACAAUUAUUGGCAAAGUGUCAAUACACUCAAUCACUACUUUAUAAAGAAUGGUGCAAAAAACAUAUGUCAGAAAUACAAAUAAACUCUCCACUCAAAGAAUAUGAAAAACACUGGAAUGAUAUUAGCCCACUAUUUUCUAAGAUCAAUGCAGAAGACUUUAAAAUGUUUGUAUACCACAUCACAUUAAAUUCAAAGUUAAUAAACAAGAUAGACAUAUUAACUAGAUUAACAUUGCUCAAACAUGCGAUAACCUACUGCAAUGAAAGGACCAAACAAGAUAGAAUUGAAGGUUGGAGUUUUACCCAUUCCGAAUUCACAGAAUGGGAAAGUUUGCUUGAGACACUUCGUAGUGAACCUUGGCAGAAUUUAUCAUUGCACGGAGAUAUACAACAUAUAUUAAAGAUUAUACAAGGUUCUUGCACAGAUAAAGAUCUUCUGCUAUCAGGCUAUAUAGAAUUAUUAUUAAUUGAUAACAUUUCUUUAGAAGAUAUCAUUAUUGCCAUGAAAUCAAUAUCUGGUUCUCCCACUUUAUUAUUUGUUAUCACACAUUUAAUAAAUACAUGCUGUAAAAACUUAAACAGCACUGAAAGUUUAAAUAGUUUAUCAAUGGUUGCCACAAGAUUAGAACGUUUUUUAAUUAGUAGUUCAUCUGAAGUUGUGAAAACUGAGGCAGAUUUUGCUUCAGGGGAUUGGGACAAUGAAUGGAACAUUGAUGAAUCUAUUGAUGAAGACACAGAACAAUCAUUUAUAUUGUGUGAUAAGACCAAAAAAGAAUUAGCAGAUGUACUACUUCCUUUGUGUGGAGACUCUAGAAUACCAUCCACAUUGAGAUUGAGAUUCAUGAAAAUUAUACAAGACUUGAAUAUUUCAUCAGAUAGUGAGGUCAGUUCACUAAUGCUCUAUCAACAUACACAAGCUACAGUUUCUUCAGCUUGGAAUAUUGAACAAGAUAGCCUGAUUAAAAGUGAUUUAGCUGAGAUCUUAUCGAAUAUGGAAUUAACUACUGAACAAGGAAGAUAUAAAGUUUUCCAACAUUUUCUUGACAAAGUAUCAAAUUGGGAUCAUGUUGAAUGUUUAUCAGAAUUAUUGUCGUAUUGGCCAAAAUUUAGCAUAGAACAUUAUUGUGAUAUAAAUAGUCCAUGGAGCAUGUUGUUAGAAAAAAUAUUAAAUUGUGGAGAAAUUGGACAAGUUGAAAAUGUAUAUUCUAUUAUGAUGAAAAUUUUGGACAGUGGUGAUUUGUCGGAAUUAACUAUAGAAAAUAUGCAUAAAAAAUAUGAAAGUAAAAUUACGGAACAUUUGGGUAUUUUGUUUGAUUUAAUUUUUUAUAAAAACAAUGAAUCAACGAGUUAUUUAAGAUAUCAUGCUGUGGAGAUAAUAAACAAACUUGAACAACCUCUAGAAGAAACAAUUUUAAAACUAAUAGCAUCAAAACAUUUGGCACAAGAUAUUGUUCAAUCAAAAUCUUAUAAAAGCCUUUUGGAAUUGUCUCUUAUAUCAAGUUCUAUGGAUAGUAAUGAAUCAGAUUUUGUAGAUCCCGAAAAUAUAGUUAAAGAUUUAUUAAAUGCGAGAUUAACAGCUGAGGCUGGUUCAUUCAGUCUCAGCUCUAUUGGAACUCCCGCUAGUUUGAGGUCGUUCUCUGCGGCCGUCGAGUGGGCCAAACGACUUUAUGCAACAGACGAUGAGGAAUGAAAAAUUUUAAACUUAUGGGGACA